CUACCACUAAUGCUCGAGUACGGCGUACUUGCGUUCGCGCUGCUGCAGGUGGCAUAAACAAAUGCGCCAACCCAAAGCAACGACGCCAUGGAGCGGCCACGUUCACGCCAACCCGAUUGCGCUUGCCACGCGACACGUCUCGCGGUUUUCCACGAGAGCUUGAUUAGCACCUGCCGACGUGCCUGUUACUGCUGCGUGUCCUCAUGCUGACCGAGCUAGUGCAGUGAUAAAAACUGACACGUACAGGAGCUGCCAACAUGCCAGUGUCGCCGACACCAAAGAAGACGGCUGGGAUGUUAAAGGCCGUAAUUCUAAUCGGAGGACCCCAAAAGGGCACCCGGUUUCGACCGCUGUCGUUCGACAUCCCCAAGCCGCUAUUCCCGGUGGCUGGUCGCCCGAUGAUGCAACACUUAGUCGAGGCAUGCUGUGGUCUGUCAGGCGUGCGCGAGAUUCUGCUCAUUGGGUUCUACCCAGCCGAUGAUGCGGACCUGACGGGGUUUGUGAAGAGUGCCAGCCGCGAGUACGGCAUGCCAGUGCGUUACCUCCAGGAGUACGCGGCACUGGGCACGGCUGGUGGCAUCCACCACUUCCGCGACCAGAUUCGCCGAGGCGACCCAGAGGCCUUUCUGCUGAUUCACGGUGAUGUGUGUGGUCAUUUUCCGUUGGAAGAAAUGUUGGAGUUCCACCGGUCGCUGCCCAAAAGCAACCUGGUCACCGUGCUGGCCACCGAGGCAACACGCCAACAGUCACUAAGCUACGGCUGCAUAGUGGAGGACAAGGCUACGCAUCAGGUUCUACACUACGUGGAAAAGCCGUCCACGUUUGUCAGCGCAGUCAUAAACUGUGGAGUCUACGUGUGCAGCCCAGACGUGUUUCAAUGGACCGGGGCAGUGCUGCGCGACCGGCAUGCGCGAGAAGGCGACAGCCUGGACGCGCUCAGUUUGGAGCAUGACGUGCUGGCGCCGCUGGCUGCCGCCGGCCGACAGCUGCACGUCUUUCAGACGAAUCGCUGGUGGAGUCAGCUCAAGACGGCCGGCUCGGCCAUCUAUGCAAACCGACACUACCUCGAGCUGUACCGCCUGGAGCACCCAGAGCGUCUGGCACGGCCAGGGCCCGACGGGCCCACCAUAUUUGGCGACGUGUUCGUGCACCCAUCGGCAAGCGUGGACCCUAGCGCCACACUUGGACCUAAUGUGUCCGUCGGACCUGGGGCGCGCAUUGGCGCCGGUGUACGGAUCCGUGAGUCAUUGGUGCUCGCUAACGCCACUGUCUGCGACCACGCUCUUGUUCUUCACUCCAUCGUGGGUCUCGACAGCUCGGUUGGCGCCUGGAGCCGUGUGGAAGGAACACCCUGUGACCCCAACCCGGACCGGCCCUUUGCCAAAAUGGAAAAUGUGCCUUUAUUCAAUGCUGAUGGCCGUCUGAACCCGUCAAUCACAGUGCUCGGCUGUCAUGUCACUGUGCCUGCAGAAGUCAUUGUACUCAAUUCCAUUGUACUGCCUCACAAGGACCUGGCACAAAGCUACAAGAAUGAGAUAAUUCUUUAAGAGCAAGCCUGUAAUGAGGAGCCACACCUCUCAAUGACAACAUAAUGGGCAUGGAAAAAAAUGGGAGAAAGCGCGAACAUUUCUAUAACUUCCAAUAAAAGAUGUGAAGAGUGCAUAAAAAGAGGAGACAUUAACUGCACAAAAAGCAACAGUAAAUGAAAUAGGUGUUUGCUUGUGUGAGGGACUGAAAUGCCAAGAUUUUUUUCACUGGAUAAAUGUUCUUAUACAUGCAUGCUGCAAAGCUCCUGUUCCACUCUUAUGACAGUAGUCUUCUCCCUUAAGAAGCCAUUAUUUACCCCUGAAACGUUUCUCUACUUGGCACUCCACCUUGAAUCAAAAUGAAUGGUAUUGCUGCUCCUCAACGGAAGCGGUAACUGCACUUCCAUGGCAUGCCAAGGCAAUUCCAGAGAGAAAGUUUGGUGACUAGGCACUCUUGGGCAUCUACUCGAAUGCACUUUAGUGAAUGUGUGUUUCUCAAGCAGCUGCUUCACAUCACCAAGGAGCAUUGUUGAAGUGCAGUGUUGCUUUCAGCUGAGGGGUGGUGCUGUGUUCAGUGGACUUGCAGGUGCCUUUGCCUACACCCUUUAUUCGAUGACAUUGAAAAUGUCCAUACACAGUGCACUGCCUGAUCACUGUGUAGUGACCAAGGGCAGACUCGCACAACAGAGGAACAAAUGGCAGUUUCAAUCCACAGAUUUGGUGUCGCAUGCUACAGAUCUGUGCUGUACGUUUGAGCACCAGCAACUAUACUUGCAGACAACUUUGUGGCACUUAAGGGAAAAUACAGGGGCAGAGCUUCUGCAUGUUACUUUGAAAGUAGUCUGGAAGAGUUUGACACCUCUUUCCCUGUUUCUCAAAGCAGAUACUACAUCAGUCUAGCCUGCUAUUUGCAAUUUUGACAGAAGAGCAAAGCGAAAAAUAUAAAAUUGAUAUGUAACACUAAGAGAUACAUUUGUUUUGUUAAUAUAUAUGAUGUAGUAAAUGUUUCCUGUUCUCCAGCUUAAACAAAUGUGAAUAAGAGUGUAGGACUGUUUUCUGGAGCGUUGUCACAUGUGCAUUUGGCCUGCAUAGCUGUUUUUGUUGUCCCAGAAUGCUGUCUGCGAGAAUAGCUG